AUGGCUGCCAUCGAUCAGCUCACCGAGCGUACAAACCAAAUUACUCUGAACCCGCCAUCCACGGCUUCCCUAUCAAGGCCUAUCGCGACAUUUUCGCCGACCUUCCAAGCUCGCCUGGACCAGCUUUACAAAUCGCUUACCAGCUCUCCGAACACAGCGUUCCUCAAGGACAUUCAGCGCGACACCCAUAGCCUGGAGACGACCGAUCCACUCAGCUCCUUGGCGGCGUUUCAUGCCUACAUGGCCAGCCCUGCUUCAGCUGCGCUGGGUCCUGCCGGUCAGCCAGAUACCUCUGCGCCGAUUACGGACUAUUUCAUCUCCUCGAGUCAUAACACGUACUUGACUGGCAACCAGCUCUACAGCGAUGCGGCCGCGAGCGCUUACACUACUGCCCUUCUAAGCGGGUGUAGGUGCGUCGAAAUCGACGUCUGGGACGGCGAGCCUGACUCCGACAGCGAAGAUGGAACAAGCAGCUCAAGCUCCGACGACGAGAAAACAAAGGACAAGUCGAAGCUACCGAAACGGAAGCAGACAGUCAAAUCUCGAAUAGGCGGCAUCCUGCGCCGGAAAUCGCCAUCUAAAGAAACUCCUGCAAGUGAAGGCAAGGUCGCAGAUUCCGUAAAAGUGGGACCGGUAAAGCUAGAGCCCCAGGUGCUACACGGUCACACUCUCACCAAGGGGACAACCUUCCGAGAAGUCUGCUAUGCGAUCCGCGAUAGUGCAUUUGUCGCCAGCGAUCUGCCCGUCAUAGUGAGUCUGGAAGUUCAUGCGUCGCUCGAGCAGCAGGAAACCAUGGUGGAGAUCAUGGAGGAUGCAUUCAAGGGCCUGCUGAUUGAGAUAACGCCCGAAAUGGAGGCUAACUCAACGCCCCCUCCCCUAAGCGAGUUGAAACAGAAGAUUCUGGUCAAGGUCAAGUGGGUUCCUCCUACGGCUGAAGGUGGAGAAGACGGGGAUGACCGCACUGAUGAUCUGGAGCAGCUGGCGCAGACCCCAUCUGCCCAGUCUGCUUCGGCUCCUCAGAAACCGGCGAAGAUCCUCCAUUCUUUGAGCAGACAUGCCGUAUUCACGAAAGGCUUUAGCUUUAAGCAGUUUACGCAGCCUGAGGCCAAAGUACCAGGACACGUCUUUUCUCUCUCCGAAAGGGCAGCUCGACAGGCGGACGAGAAGUAUGGCAAGGCCCUCUUCGAACAUAACCGAAAGCACUUUAUGCGCAUCUAUCCCUACGGCCUUCGCGUCAACUCUUCCAACUUUGACCCCACGUUCUUCUGGCGACGCGGCGCUCAAAUCGUAGCCUUGAAUUGGCAAAACGCAGACAAGGGCAUGAUGCUCAAUCAGGGAAUGUUCGCAGGCGAACAGGGCUGGAUCCUCAAGCCUCAAGGCUAUCGAAGCACUGAACCGGAGUCAGCACCGAUAACCCGCAAGAAGGUUGGGCUUUCAAUUGAAGUCCUCGCGGGACAGCAGCUUGCACUGCCUCCUGGAGAUACAAACGUCAAGAGCUUCAAGCCCUACGUGGCGUGUUACCUGCAUGUAGAGACCCCAGAAGAUGCAGCGAAUGGGCCUGGUGGGGACGAUAGCACGGAUUCAGAAAAAACCAGCUACAAGCGUGUGACUAAAAGCUCAGAGGGCAUCAACCCGGAUUUUGGUUCUCAAAAUCUUCAGUUUCCGGCUCUUUCUGGAGUUGUUGAUGAGUUGACCUUUGUCAGAUUCAAGAUCAAGGAUGACGAAAUCGGGCGUGACUCGCUGGCUUCCUGGGCUUGCAUCCGACUGACCCGACUACAGCAAGGCUACCGCGUAAUUCGUCUGCACAAGCUUGACGGAUCGGAUGGAGGAUAUCUUCUUGUUCGAAUCACGAAGACCAUCUCGUGA